CGUUAAAAGCCUCCCUCGCUUUCCCUUUUCUCCGCGUCAAAUUCACAUGGGACCAGAGAGGAAAACCCAUCCGUUUUCUUUAACGAAAGGAUGUCUUCGCCGCUGGGAAACGAUACGAAAUUAGUUGUAAACAAAGAAAAACGGAAGAACUAUUGACUAUGCAGCCAUGGGGUCUGCUGUGCUGUUUCCGCCCGGUUGCUAGACGACUCAGCGAUCCGACGCCAAUAUGGAAACGGUAACCAACGCGUAGACGAUGUCAGAAGAACUACUGUUACCCGACAUGUAACAUUAGAUUAAACACGCUGUUUUUAUUUCUAAUCGGAGUUUUUUUUGACUGCGAAGAGUGGGCAGACCGAAACGUGGCUUAUUUGGAAAGAUGACGUGAUCACACAAGAAGAGCAAAGUUUUACUAAGGAACGGAGCAACAGUGUUAACUAGCUUGGCUUCUCCAGGCUGAGAGCAGCCGCUGCUAACGAUGUCACUGGAGGCAAGUGAUGCUCUGACAGACGAAGACUUUGAACACUUGAUGGAAGAUGGAUUAUGUUCUACCGCUGACUCAUCACAACAUAAGAAGAGAACAAGGAAGAAGAGAAUCUCAGGCAAACCCUCUCCCUCUCCAAAGUCUCCAUACCUCUCAAGUGUGAAUAUGAACCCCAGGAGAGCAGUGGUGACAGCAUGGAGACUGCCGAGGGCAUCCCUAGGGGAAAACACAAAGGACAGAGAAACUCUGGGGGAGACUGCUUGCCUCACCUCCCUCAGCAAUGGGCAUGAUCUGUCCCAGGCUGUGAGGGCCAAGAGCGAUAUCCCACCAGAGUCCCUCAAACAGGCCCUGUAUCCAAGGAAACUCAGACACUCCUGUUCUGCAUCCAAUAGCUGCUCCCUAGGAACAGCUGAGCACAGGGAUAAGGAAGACAUGUAUGAUGAGAUCAUUCGCCUAAAAAAGUGUCUUCAGGCACAGAAGUCUGACAGCCAGCAGAUGAAAGCUAAACUAAGACGUCUGGAAGAGGAUAAAGCCAAGAGAGAGAAACAGAUUGAGGAGCUGUUGGAUCCAAUUAAAGGAUCUGAAUACACGCGUUGUUUGGUAGAUACGAAAAAAGAGGGAAGUGUGGUUCUAAAUGGGCUCAAACAGAAAAUCCUGAAACUAGAGCAGCAGUGUAGAGAGAAAGAAAAUGCCCUUAGUAAACUGCAGAGUGAGCUGAGAACCACCAACCUGGAGGAGUUAGAGAUCACAGUGGAUACCUACUUUGAGGAGAUCCAGAGACUGAGAAUGCUUCUGGAAGCAGCAGAGAAAAGUAGUCGAGCAGAGAGUAAAGGUUCCCAGAGACAGCAGAAGGCUCUGAGUUCCACAGUUCUGCGUCUCACUGAGAACCUGAAGCAACUCCAACAGGAAAACACAGCUAUGAGAGAGGAACUGAACACUGACAGUCCUGAUGGAGGAAUCAAAGGGUAUAGAGAAUGGAGUAAACAGAGACUAGUGAGAAGACUAUUGGAAUUCGACAAGAGGCUGGAGGAUAGCAGAAGACAUGCCCAGUCAGCAAAGAGCAGCACGCGAUUGGAUCAGGCAGUCCAGACAACUCCCAUAGAGACCCUGGACAUUUCUCAGCAGGUUGCCAUGCCAACAGAGGCAGUGGUUUCCACGGGAGCAACUGCAGAGCAGGAGGAGGAGCUCUCUGUUCUAAGACGCCAUGUUAGCCAAUUGGAGAAAGAGAGGGCGGAGCUUCACAAGACGCUGUCAAGUAAAGAUGAGGAAUUGAAGCAGCUCAGGGCAGAAAAAGAGGAAAUGGUCAGAGAUACGGAACGGUGGAAGGCUGAACAAAUACAUGAACGUGGGAAAGAGAAGCAGGAUCACAAACUGGAGCUGGAGCAGUUGUGGCUGAGGAUUCAAACUCUGGAAGAAGACAGGAGCAAAGCUGCACCAGUGGAACCUGCUUUUUUCUCGCCCACCACAACAGAGAACCAAUGCAACAGCCAAGCCAGCAGAGAGCGGGAGGAGGAAGGGGAGCAAGAAGGGAAGGUGGAAGAACAGGGAGAGCAAGAUUUCAGGAUUGACAUAGAGGAGGAGAGAAGGAGAGGGAAUAAAGGGAAGAAAAGAAGAGAGAAAGCCGCUAGGACCAUACAGAAAAGUUGGAGGACACACAGAGAAAGGGACAUUGAGAUGGUGCAGUCAGCAAUCAGAGGCCAUCUCUUCAGAGAGAAACAGGUCACGCAGCUGCAGAAAGACACACACAACAAGGCAUUCUUCACAGACAAUAGCAGUGAUGUUACAUCCUAUGCAGAUGGAGAGUUGAAUGUGGAUGCCUUAACUAUAAUACAGUCUACCUUCAGGGGACACUUGGCUCGCUGUGGGCUUGCAACAGAGAGCUCAGAGUCCUUAGCACCUUCACCAUUGGGUUUACCCAUUUUACCCAGACUGGCCUCAAAAAGAUCCCUCUCGACAUACACACACAACAGAGCAGAUCCCAGAUCUCUCCAUAACAAUGAAAAGGAAGAGGAAUAUCACCCUCAGCCUUCUUCAAGCAAUGUUUCUUCCAGCAUGAAACCAACACCAGCCCAAAUGGAGUGCCAUUUCCCACCAGAUCCUGUAGGUGCCACUGUGAUGGAUUCUGAUGAUUCUGAUGACAUUAUUGUAUCGCCAUCACAUCCUUUGAGAAUCAGAGAAAACAUUCUUUUGUAGGCCCUCCGCCACCUGUGUGCAUGCAUGCAUGCUUGCAUAUGGGGCAGGUUCAUUUUUGUGUCCGUCUACAUGGAACCUUUGUUCUAGGGUCUUAUUAAAUGACAGGUACGGAGAGGUUUCUAUCUCAUUCUUUCUGCCAGCCCUUGGUGUACCCUGGCAGAAAAUAGAGUUCAUGAUGUGUGUUUACAUGCAUAGUAUUACCCCUACAUUAACCAGGACUAUCAGGGACUCUGGUAAAGUGUUCAUGCAUACAGACAAGAUAUCCUCGUCAUAAUAGCACAUUCCCUCACAGAACCUGACUAUGACACGCAGAAAACAAGUCGAGAUUUUUUGAAAGGUAAAAAACGUCAUCCGGUCAACUAUUUUGUUUUUGUAAUCUGUGUAACUGCUGUUCCUACAGUAAUUGGAAUAUUCUGGUAAUUCAUGUGUAAUGGAAGAUGAAUGAUCUGGAGAAACAUAAUACCUAACGCUUUAUCUUAUCUGAAAGUCUUUGGCAUACUCUGUUCAUGUAUAGCCCUUACUCAGCUCUCCUGUCGUAAUCCACAAAAUGCUAAAAACUAUGGCAGUUGGGAGGGGUUGGCGGGUUCACAUGUAGACACUAGUUAGGAAUGUGACGCUGGCAGGAAAUCAGACUAGACUGAACUUAAAAGUUCCUUAAAUUGUGAGGUUUAAUUUCUAUGGCUCAUUUUGGUCAGAGAAGCCCUUAAUUUUGUCUUUCUCAGUGUAUUUGUGUUUCGAAUUUAUCUGUUUUAUUUGCCAAGGUGCCUAUGGAAGGUAUUGGAAAUCAUGUCCAAUCUGUCAGGGUGACUUAGUACAAAUAAACAUUAAACAGGCCACACAGAUGCAAAUCCCUCUGUAACCUCAAAAGUUUGAUGGUAGACUUUUCUAAAAAGAUUUUUGUAGCUUAUUUUUUUGACAAGCCUCCGAUUUCUUAAAUCAAAAUGAAAUGUUGUAAAGGUGUCAUGUAUGAUGUAGCCUAAGACUAUAUUACCACAUUGUUAGUGAUGCUGAUAUUAGAGUCUCAACUGAUGCACUAUUGAUCUGAACUGUGAAUUGAUUAAAACUCAAAUCUGCUGCAAUAUUGAGCACAUAUCCUCUAUAGUAUAAUAAUCGAGGGAACAUAGCCAAUGUUGAUGUGUCUGCUAUGAAAUAAGGCAAACAAUAACAACGUAUGACGCUGUAAACAAAAUAUAUAAAAUUAUUGCAUUUUUCAAUUGUGGAUAGACCUUAGGAAUUCUAAUAAAAUUGUUUUUUUA